AUGAUACCCAAGCUGCUGUGUGGUAACACACUGUUGAGUGCAUCUGUUACAACAAGUAGGUCUGUCUAUGGCUUAUCUACCAGAUAUUUUACUCAGGAUCUCGCACCUUCAUUGGUUAAACUGCAUUCCGAGUUAAAGCCUGAUGAGCUUCUUACUGAUAACACACCAGACUAUGUGCGUUUGGUGCUAAGAUCAUCGGUCUAUGAUGUUAUAAAGGAAUCGCCAAUCUCACAUGGUGUUGGUCUAUCGUCUAGACUAAACACAAAUGUCCAACUGAAAAGAGAAGAUUUACUACCAGUGUUCUCUUUCAAGCUGCGUGGUGCAUACAACAUGAUAGCGAAGUUAGACGAUACUCAGAGAAAUCAAGGUGUCAUCGCAUGUUCCGCAGGUAAUCAUGCACAAGGUGUAGCAUAUGCCGCUAGACAUUUGGAUAUUCCAGCAACUAUUGUCAUGCCUGUGUCUACUCCAUCUAUAAAAUAUCAAAAUGUGUCGAGACUGGGUUCACAAGUUGUUCUAUAUGGUAAUGAUUUUGACGAAGCUAAAGCUGAAUGUACUAAACUGGCAGAAGAGCGUGGUUUGACUAACAUCCCUCCAUUUGAUCAUCCAUAUGUCAUUGCUGGUCAAGGAACAGUUGCGAUGGAAAUCUUGAGACAGGUCUAUAACUCAAAUAAGAUCGGUGCUGUCUUUGUUCCAGUUGGUGGUGGUGGGUUGAUUGCCGGUGUUGGUGCCUAUUUGAAGAGAGUCACUCCACACAUCAAGAUUAUAGGUGUGGAAACACAUGAUGCAGCAACUUUACACACAUCUCUUCAAAGAAAUAAAAGAACAAAUCUAGCUAGCGUUGGUACUUUUGCUGAUGGUACUUCUGUGCGUAUUAUUGGUGAAGAAACCUUUAGAGUUGCCAGAGAAGUUGUCGAUGAAAUUGUAUUGGUCAAUACUGAUGAAAUUUGUGCUGCGGUUAAGGAUGUCUUUGAGGAUACCAGAAGUAUUGUUGAACCAUCUGGUGCUCUUGCGGUUGCUGGUAUGAAGAAGUAUAUUACUCAACUUCAUCCAGAAAUAGAUCACUCUAAGCAAACAUAUGUCCCAAUUUUGUCAGGUGCUAAUAUGAACUUCGAUAGAUUAAGAUUUGUUUCUGAGCGUGCUGUAUUAGGUGAAGGUAAGGAAGUUUUUAUGCUGGUUACCAUUCCUGACGUUCCAGGCUCUUUCAAAAAAAUGCAGAAGGUUAUUCAUCCAAGAGCUGUUACUGAGUUCUGUUACCGUUAUAAUGAACAUCGUCAUGAAUCUUCUAGUGAGGUUCCAAAGGCCUAUAUCUAUACAUCUUUCAGUGUGGUAGACCGCGAAAAGGAGAUUAAACAAGUAAUGCAGCAACUGAACACCCUCGGUUUUGAAGCCGUCGAUAUUUCUGACAAUGAAUUAGCAAAAUCACAUGGUAGAUAUUUAGUUGGUGGUGCGUCAAAGGUCCCAAAUGAAAGAAUUAUUUCGUUCGAAUUCCCAGAAAGACCUGGGGCCUUAACCAGAUUCUUGGCAGGUUUAAGCGAGUCUUGGAAUUUGACAUUGUUCCAUUACAGAAACCAUGGUGCUGAUAUUGGUAAAGUAUUGGCUGGUAUUUCUGUGCCACCUAGAGAAAAUUUAACUUUCCAAAAAUUCUUGGAAGAUUUAGGCUAUAAGUACCAAGAUGAAACAGAAAAUAUGGUAUAUCAAAGACUACUGAAAUAUUAA